GUCAACACCAACAUGGCCGCCUCCACCAUGUCUGUCUGCUCUGAUGCUCCCACCAACUCCUCCUGGCAGGUGGACGACUGCCCAGAGAGCUGCUGUGAGCCCUGCGGCUGUGCCCCCAGCUGCUGCCAGCCUAGCUGCUGUGUUCCUUGCUGUGCCCCCAGCUGCUGUGUCCCCAGCUGUUGCCAGUCCAGCUGCUGUGCCCCCAGCUGCUGUGCCCCAACCCCUUGCCUCCUCUGCACCCCAGUGAGCUGUGUGUCCAGCCCCUGCUGCCAGUCUUCCUGCUGCACACCCUCAUGCUGCCAGCAGUCUAGCUGCCAGCCAGCUUGCUGCACCUGCUCCCCCUGCCAGCAGUCCUGCGGUGUGACCCUUUGCUGCAAGCCUGUCUGCUGUGUGCCAGUCUGCUGUGGUCCCUGUGGUGUGACCCUUUGCUGCAGGCCUGUGUGCUGCACACCCAUCUGCUCUGGCUCCUGCUGCCAGCAGUCUAGCUGCCAGUCCUCCUGCUGCCAGCCCUCCUGCUGUGCUCCUGUGUGCUGCAAGCCUGUGUGCUGCAAGCCCUGCUCCAGCCUGUCCCUGCUGUGCCGCCCUGUGUGCAGACCUGCCUGCUGUGUGCCCACCUCCUCCUGCUGUGCCUCCUCCUGCCAGCCCAGCUGCUGUCGCCCAGCCUCCUGUGUGUCCCUGCUGUGCCGCCCUGCCUGCUCCAGACAGGCCUGCUCUGGACAGAAGUCCACCUGCUGAUGGCCUGUUUCUGGUGCCAGCUGGCUCAGGUCCCUUCCUGGGUGCUUCUCAGCUUCUCCAGUCUGACCCUGAUCUGGGAUACAUUCCCCCAGGAUGGAGCCACCCGACUUGUCCCUUGUGACUUGGCCUCUCCUCCUGCUUCCCAGGAGGCCUGCUGAUCCUCUGGGCCUCUGGCUCCCCUGUCCCUCUGCUCCCCCCAACAUCAGCCUGUCAACAGUCCAUGGUUUCAAUAAACUCUUCUAACUACCUGGCUCUCCUGUCAUGCUCUGGAACAUGUGGUUCAAGCAAAUGUUCAUCUCCUUAGCACUAAUGUUUCUAGGAGGGAAGGACUCAGCUCAGCAAUUGACAAGUGACAGUAGC